ACUGCAGAUCGGGCAGAGCGGGUAGUGAUACAUCCAUGCUCCAACCUAGCAACUGUACUACAUUUAACACAUGUAGGCCUAUCGGUACCAGUAAAGGAGGAAGGGAGGUGACCAAACAUAAGACAGAGAACAGGAAAUAGCACCCGAGGGUGGGGAAGGAGCCAUAGCUAGCUAUCCAGCUAAAGUAGCUACCGUUAGCAAACCCGAAUGGAGUGUAAGCAACUGUGGAGUUAAAGUCGCUAAGAGAAGGAGAGUUGUGAGUGCUUAAGCUGUAGUAACGUGUGAUUACAACGCCAGGUAGCUGCCGUGAUCAAGAAUUUGUAAAACGAUCGAUUUAGUUUAAGAUAAUAUAAGCUAUCAGCAGCAGAGCAGACACAACAGGAUAGCCCGGAGUUGACAACAACAACAACAACCGGAAGUGACAACACGCUUACCGCAAUAGUAAGUGAGGGUCCAGUAGGUGGCGGUAUGCACCUUUAAAGUUCUUUGCAAUCCGCCAAAAACCGGAAGAAGAAGACGACGACGACGACGAAGAGAGACCCAGCCGGAGAAGGAGCACUGAGAGCAGCAUGGACGAGAACAAAGAGACCCCUGGAGCUCAGAAACUGAAAGGAAGAAAGAGACGUCACAGCUGUCAGCAAUGUGACAAAUAUUUUUCAACAUCUGGAGAAUUAAAGAUCCACCUGCGUAUUCACACAGGAGAAAAACCGUACAGCUGUGAAGAGUGUGGGAAAGCUUUCACUCAAUCAGGUGCUCUCAAAUCACAUCAACGUAUUCACAUGGGAGAAAAACCUUACAGCUGUGAAGAGUGUGGGAAAGCUUUCACUCAAUCAGCUCAUCUCAAAUUACAUCAACGUAUUCACAUGGGAGAAAAACCUUACAGCUGUGAAGAGUGUGGGAAAACUUUCACUACAUCAGCUCAUCUCAAAUCACAUCACCGUAGUCAUACUGGAGAAAAACCUUACAGGUGUGAAGAGUGUGGGACAACUUUCACUACAUCAGGUGCUCUCAAAUCACAUCACCUUAUUCAUACUGGAGAAAAACCUUACAACUGUGAAGAGUGUGGGAAAACUUUCACUCAAUCAGGUGCUCUCAAAUCACAUCACCUUAUUCAUACUGGAGAAAAACCUUACAGCUGUGAAGAGUGUGGGAAAACUUUCACUCAAUCAGGUUCUCUCAAAUCACAUCACCGUAUUCAUACUGGAGAAAAACCUUACAGCUGUGAAGAGUGUGGGACAACUUUCUCUAGAUCAGGUGCUCUCAAAUCACAUCACCGUAUUCACACUGGAGAAAAACCUUACAGCUGUGAAGAGUGUGGGAAAACUUUCACUCAAUCAUGUAAUCUCAAAUCACAUCACCGUAUUCAUACUGGAGAAAAACCUUACAGCUGUGAAGAGUGUGGGAAAACUUUCACUACAUCAGGUGUUCUAGAAUCACAUCACCGUAUUCACACUGGAGAAAAACCGUACUGGUGUGAAGAGUGUGGGAAAAUGUUCACUAGAUCAGGUGCUCUCAAAUCACAUCUUCUUGUUCACACAGGAGAAAAACCGUACUGGUGUGAAGAGUGUGGGAAAAUGUUCACUAGAUCAGCUCAUCUCAAAUCACAUCACCGUAUUCACACGGGAGAAAAACCUUACAGGUGUGAAGAGUGUGGGACAACUUUCACUCAAUCAGGUCAUCUCAAAAGACAUCAACGUAUACACACGGGAGAAAAACCUUACAGGUGUGAAGAGUGUGGGACAACUUUCACUACAUCAGCUAAUCUCAAAUCACAUCAACUUAUUCAUACUGGAGCAAAACCUUACAGGUGUGAAGAGUGUGGGACAACUUUCACUCAAUCAAGUCAUCUCAAAUCACAUCACCGUAUUCAUACUGGAGAAAAACCUUACAGCUGUGAAGAGUGUGGGAAAUCUUUCACUCAAUCAAGUGCUCUCAAAUCACAUCAACGUAUUCAUGCUGGAGAAAAACCUUACAGCUGUGAAGAGUGUGGGAAAACUUUCACUACAUCAGGUGCUCUCAAAUUACAUCACCGUAUUCACACUGGAGAAAAACCUUACAGCUGUGAAGAGUGUGGGAAAGCUUUCACUACAUCAGGUGCUCUAGAAUCACAUCACCGUAUUCACACUGGAGAAAAACCGUACUGGUGUGAAGAGUGUGGGAAAACUUUCUCUAGAUCAGAUAUUCUCAAAUCACAUCAACGUAUUCACAAGGGAGAAAAACAGUAUAGCUGUGAAGAGUGUGGGACAACUUUCUCUAGAUCAGAUGCUCUCAAAUUACAUCACCGUAUUCACAUGUGAGAAAAACCGUACUGGUGUGAAGAGUGUGGGACAACUUUCACUCAAUCAGGUCAUCUCAAAUCACAUCUUCGUGUUCACACAGGAGAAAAACCGUAGUGGUUUUAAGAGUGUAGGGCCCUGAUUUAAGCUUAUUUUGUUUUUUACAAUAAACAACUCCCAUCUAUUGGCCAUGCAUUGGGUGAUCCUUUUUUCCAUUACUGAUCCCAUCCCAACAGCGCCAUCUGUUGACGUAACAUCAGAAUUGACAGGCAUAAUGUUCACUGUUCCUUUUAAGUUUCGUUCUCUGGCUGUCCAUCUGCUGACAGGGCACUGAUUCAAACAGCUGACAUUAUUGCAGCAUUAAAUCCAAGCCAUUGUCCAAUACAGUUUAUGUAUCCAAUAUGCAAUCCAGUUUUAGUGCCGCACAUACCCGGCCGCUUUCCCAGCCUUGGUUCUCGGCGUCUCCUUUCGCUGUCUUGAUGAGCGAAGGUGGUGACAAUCUCCAGCUGAAGGUGGCCUGUUGUCCAGCUGAUCCGGGAUGACUGUGUCAGUUGUGAAGUAAUCCAAUUGUUUGUCCGGUGAAAACGAUCCUUAAUCUAAUGCGAUAUGUUUCUUAUAUUGUUCAGUUUCACUCAUAGAGUACGAUUCUAUUUAAUGUAAUGGCAAUUUAAAUGUUCCUGUGUCCUAUAUCUUUAUGCCAUUACUUCACAGGAGGGUUUAGUGUGAUCCUGACGCAGACACAAACAUAUGAAGUUCCAGUCUUUUGCUGCAGUUUUAGAAUGAUGUUUUAUUGCUUUACAUACCAAGGUUAAAGUACACUGUGUCAAUAGUUGUAGUAUGAGCAUCUGCCGGGGCUGGCUGGGCUGGCCGUCUGGUAGAAUCGGUAUGCUCUUCCUCCUGUGUCAGUAAAGUGGAACUUCUGUGUGAACUAUUCAUAUCUUAAACUGCACUGUAACUUUUUUAUUCAUGUACUUUUUUAUUCAUGUAUUUUUUCUUUUAAUGUUUCUUUUAUUAUCUUUUACUGUUUUUAAAUACCUUUGUCUGAAAGUCUUUCUUUUUUGUAAAGCACCUUGAAUUGCCUUGUGUUUAAAGGUGCGAUAUAAAUAAACUUGCCUUGCCUUGCCUUGUGUCCUCUUCCUCUCCUGUCACCUAUGACCCCUUUUAUACACCCGGUGCAGCUAAACCCCGCCACCAAGUGUUCAAAAUAAUGUUGCGCUAUACAUAUAAAUAAGGUAAACUGAGACACUAACAACACCCAUAAAAUGGCUCCUACAAAUAGUGUGGGAAAACUUUUUCUUAAGUAUUCACCUUAAAGUCCAUGAGCGAGUUUCACUGUUCAUUAAUCUGCUUCAUGAAUCUAGAACAUGUUUUCAGUUUGAUUCUAUUCUCUUGUUGAAAUGAUCAGACUACCAAAAAUAAAAUGGCCUUAGAAAUAGACUUGCAACCCUGCAUAUUUGUUGUGUUUUGCAGCAUAUUAUAAACAUGUCAUUCCCUUAUUUUCAAAUAUCACAGGUUGUGUAGUGAUGUAUUUGAGGUGUACUGUCCACAUCGCAGACCUGAAGUCGUGCA